GUCGUUUUGACGGCUACUGUCAUCACUGUCAAAGGUUCCUUUUAUGCCGUCAAUUUUUCUCUCAAAUCGCAAGCACGUACUUUCAGAUUGCACACAAUGGCUUCGUUGGCAAAUAAGGGAUCGUCGCUUGUUUCGACUCUGAUGACCCAGGCUCGUCCGAAGCUGAAUGUAUUCAUGAAGUACGCCAAGGUGGAGCUGACCCCACCGAGCCCCGGAGACAUUCCUGCCAUCCGUGACGGUAUUGCGCGCAUCAUCUCGGGUGCUCGUACCGGAGCCUGGAAAAAUCUUACGGUCCGUGAAGCUUGGCUCAACACCCUGGUCACGAUGGAAGUGUGCUUCUGGUUCUAUGCCGGCGAGUGCAUCGGCAAGCGUCACCUGGUUGGCUACAGCGUCUAAACUGGUGCUGCUGUCGUCGUGUCGUGUUUUGCUGGUGCCGCAGACAGAGUGCUUGCUUGAGGUUACAGAACAGUAGAACCAUUCGGAUAGCAGAGGAUCGAACAUCUUGUCCUAAAUAAUGAAACCACAGUAAUAUUUAA